AUGUCUGUUUCCAUACAGGAGUUGGACAACACUGUCCAGGCCUUUUAUGAGGGCAAAGGGGAUUUGCAAAAGCAAGCCCAACAGACUUUGACGGAAUUCAAGCAAAACCCCGAUGCUUGGUUGAUCGUUGGGAAUAUCCUUCAAGAAUCAUCUUACCCGCAGACCAAAUAUCUUGCUCUGCAGGUUUUGGACGAUGUGAUAAUGACCCGGUGGAAAGUUCUACCUAGAGAACAAUGCCUAGGCAUUCGGAACUUCAUUGUCAAUUUCAUCAUUGAGAGCUCUAAGACGGAAGAAAGUCUCAGAACUGAACGCGCGCUCUUGAACAAACUCAACCUCGUUCUUGUUUCCAUUUUGAAACAAGAAUGGCCGCGCAACUGGCCGACCUUCAUCAACGAGAUCAUUGCAUCUUGUCACACCAGUCUCUCCAUCUGUGAAAAUAACAUGGCCAUCCUUCGACUUCUGUCUGAGGAAGUAUUCGACUUCUCGCAGGAUCAAAUGACAUCCGUCAAGGCUAGGGACCUGAAAACUUCGAUGACACAGGAAUUCUCAUCUAUUUUCCAACUAUGCUCUGAAGUUCUGGGUACUGCAAACCAAGCUAGCCUGGUCAAAGCUACGCUUGAAACGCUUUUGCGUUUUCUUAACUGGAUCCCGCUAGGAUACAUCUUUGAGACACCCAUUAUUAACACGCUUUUAACGAGGUUCCUUGAAGUCCCGGAAUUUCGCAAUGUAACUCUCAAAUGUCUCACAGAAAUUGGGGGCUUGCAAAUUGGAAGUCCAUACAACUACGAUGAGAGACUGGUGCAUAUGUUUACGGAAACACUUACUAUAGUCUCCAAGACUAUUCCGCUGUCAAUGGAUCUGAAGCAGGUGUUUUCAAAAAGCAACUCAAGGGACCAGGAAUUUGUGCUUAAUCUGGCCCUCUUCCUCUGCAGCUUCUUCAGCGCCCAUCUCGAUCUUAUCGAGAAAUUACCGAACCGCGAUUAUCUUACCCACGCGCAUUUCUAUCUUAUCCGUAUCAGCCAGAUUGACGAUAGGGAGGUUUUCAAAAUUUGUCUAGAAUAUUGGACAAGGCUGGUCCAGGAACUCUACGAAGAGAUGCAGCAACUACCGAUAACAGAUAUCAACCCCCUGGUGAGCAUGGGCGUGAGCGGUCUUUCGAAUGGGGGUGCACCGCAUCCCAGCACUUUGGCCAAUUACCCUCUUCGUAAGCACAAAUAUGAAGAGGUACUGUCAAGUUUACGUACAGUCAUGAUUGAGAAGAUGGUGCGGCCGGAGGAAGUUUUGAUUGUUGAGAACGAUGAAGGGGAGAUUGUCCGCGAAUUCGUCAAGGAAAGCGAUACAAUUCAGCUUUACAAGACCAUUAGGGAGUGCUUGGUUUAUCUUACCCAUCUCGAUGUCGUCGAUACAGAGAAUAUCAUGAUCGACAAGCUUGCCAAACAAGUUGACGGAUCGGAAUGGUCGUGGGCGAACUGCAAUACUCUUUGCUGGGCAAUUGGAUCGAUCUCUGGCGCGAUGAACGAGGAAACUGAGAAGCGCUUCCUAGUCACUGUCAUCAAGGAUCUCCUCGGUCUCACGGAGAUGAAGCGUGGGAAAGACAACAAAGCCGUUGUGGCGAGUAAUAUCAUGUAUAUCGUGGGACAGUAUCCUCGUUUCUUGAAGGCGCACUGGAAGUUUCUGAAGACAGUCGUGAACAAGCUAUUCGAGUUCAUGCAUGAAACGCACGAAGGUGUUCAGGACAUGGCCUGUGAUACAUUCAUAAAGAUUGCAAACAAAUGCAGGCGACACUUUGUGGCGCUCCAACCUGGGGAGAAUGAACCUUUCAUCGAGGAAAUUGUUCGCAACAUGAGGAAGAUUACUUGUGAUCUUUCACCGCAACAAGUCCAUACGUUCUAUGAAGCAUGCGGUUAUAUGAUUUCAGCCCAGGGCCAAAAGGGUCUACAAGAUCGGUUGACCGAGAAUUUGAUGGCGCUUCCUAAUUCUGCUUGGGAUGCCAUUAUAGCUCAAGCGAACCAAGACCCUUCAAUCCUCCAAGACGGAGAAACAAUCAAAAUCAUCGGGAACAUCAUGAAAACAAAUGUCGCCGCAUGCUCCUCAAUUGGUACUUACUUCUAUUCUCAGAUAGGCCGUAUCUACCAUGACAUGUUGAAUAUGUUUCGAGCUUCUAGUCAACUCAUCAGCGACGCUGUCGCCAGUGACGGCAACAUUGCGACCAAAACGCCUAAAGUCAGAGGGCUCAGGACGAUAAAGAAGGAAAUACUCAAGCUCAUUGACACUUAUGUGCAAAAGACGGACGAUUUGGAGAUGGUCAGUGUGAACAUGGUACCACCACUUCUCGAAGCAGUCCUGGUGGAUUAUAAUCGAAAUGUUCUCGAUGCACGCGAGGCGGAGGUCUUGAACGUUAUGACAACGAUCAUUCAUAAACUACACAAUUUGAUGGAAGACAAGAUACCGUUGAUCAUGGAAAGCGUUUUUGAAUCCACGUUGGAAAUGAUCAAUAAAGAUUUCCACGAAUAUCCAGAGCACCGUGUCCAGUUUUUCAAACUGCUACAGGCCAUCAACUUGUAUUGUUUCCCAGCCUUGCUCAAACUUGAUGCAACACAAUUCAAGUUUGUGAUUGAUUCUUGCAUGUGGGCCAGCAAACAUGACAAUCGCGAAGUGGAAAACACUGGCCUCGCGAUGUGCCUUGAACUGAUGAAUAACAUGGCCGAGACUGAUGCUCAGACAUCGAGUAUCUUCUUCCGUCAGUUUUUCAUCCCAAUUUUGCAGGACGUGUUUUUCGUUCUCACCGACAGCGAUCACAAGGCGGGGUUCAAAUCUCAAGCAAUGCUUUUAUCACGCAUGUUCUACUUCAUUGAAUCUGGCAAGGUGCAGGAUCCUAUUUACCCGCCUGAUCAAGUCCCCCCGGGAACAUCAAAUAAAGAAUUUUUGCAAGAAUAUGUUGCGAACUUAUUGCAGACUGCCUUCAAAAACCUACAGGAAAUACAAAUCAAGCAGUUCGUCAUCGGCCUAUUUACUUUCAAUGAUGACUUCAAUAAAUUCAAAACCCACCUGCGAGAUUUCCUGAUCUCAUUGAAGGAGUUUGCAGGCGAUAAUGCAGAGCUCUACGCAGAGGAACGGGAGCAGGCUUUGCGUGAUGCGAAGGCCGCGGAGAGAGACCGUGCGAUGAAAGUCGGGGGCUUGUUGAAGCCAUCGGAAAUGGACCAAGAAGAUGAGCUAUGA